AUGUUUCGGCUGGCUCGCAAGAAGUUGUCCCACUGUGGUUCACCCAUUGACCAUCUGGACGAUGUAACCAAGAACAACAUCUUCACACGCGGUGAUUUGGAUUACCGUAAUCUGGUGUUGGACGCAAACUCGGCCUCAUUGUACGUCGGUGCCCGUGGACGAAUCUUCCGAUUAUGGGCUUACAACGUGAACGACACUUCGGAAAACUUGGUUUGCUCUGCUGUUGCUAUGCGGCCAGAGAUUCGUGUACUUGACGCCGUCACCCUACGAGAUCGUCAAGAACCACGAACAGAGAUCGUGUACUCGGGUAUUCGCACGGGUAUGGCCGGUGAAAACCACUUGAUCUAUCGGCCAGCUCUCGUCGACAAGGGAAAGGAAGUGCACUCUAGUCUGCGGAAACCUCAGUUUGUCGGCUCGUUCGAUGUCGGAGAGCAUGUGUACUUUUUCUUCCGCGAAAUCGCCAUAGAGAGCGGAGGACCGGAACGAAGCGUUUAUAGUCGAGUGGCCAGAGUGUGUAAGAAGACAUCGGAGGUCGCGUUGUCUUACGUCAAGUUGGACAUCGUUUCUGAAAGCACGUCUGAAUUGUUCCAUUUCGUCACAGUACCCCUGUUCCAUCAUGGUUUUUUCGUCGAUCCAAAUAGUCCCAAUUGGUUGCCACUACCCGCUGACGCUGUGCCAGAGCAUCGACCGGGAACGUGUGUCUCUAACUCACAUUCGCUGUCUGACUCGGACUUGCACUUUGCAAAAUCUCAUCUCCUGAUGGCCGAACCCGUGUCAGGUGGGAUGCCAAUAUUGGCCACACGAGACGUUAUUUUUACCCACAUUGCAGUCGAUGUACGCAGCGAGCAGAACGUGAUUUUCGCGUUGGAUGGC